GCUAGGAACAGCUCACCCCGAGCAGGCAGCACCGCAGAUCAGCCGGAGAGAGGGAAAGAGAAACAAGCAGCGUGAGAGAGCGAGAAGGAAACGCUUACAAGAGCAAAAGCAGCAGGAUCAGGCAGCACGUAUAUCCUGACUAGAGGAAUUCCAGCAGGGAAUUUAGCACUGUCGUAGCUGCGGGUGUUGUUAUUGUUGUUUUUGGUGACGAGAGGCAAUCGGAGGCGGGUGGGUGACCGGGACGCAGCAUGUUCGACUGUAUGGAGGCUCUGGGCAUGGGUCCCCGCCAACUGUACGAUGUCACCAACCGGGGAGCAUGCAUGCUUCGGAAGGCGAGUCCUUUCUAUGCUGGACUGGACCCUUUUGCUUGGACCGGGACAGCCAGCGUACGCUCGGUGGAGACUCAGAGCACCAGUUCGGAGGAGAUGGUGCCCAGUUCCCCUUCCCCGCCACCUCCACCGCGUGUUUACAAACCCUGCUUCGUCUGCCAGGACAAGUCUUCUGGGUACCACUAUGGUGUCAGUUCUUGCGAGGGCUGCAAGGGUUUCUUCCGUCGCAGUAUUCAGAAGAACAUGGUGUACACCUGCCACCGUGACAAGAACUGCCAGAUCAACAAGGUCACGCGCAACCGUUGCCAGUACUGCCGGCUGCAGAAGUGCUUCGAGGUUGGCAUGUCCAAGGAAGCUGUGCGCAACGAUCGAAAUAAGAAGAAGAAAGACGUGAAGGAUGAGGUCAUUCCGCCAGAGAGCUAUGAGCUGAGUGGGGAACUGGAGGAGCUGGUCAACAAAGUGAGCAAAGCACAUCAAGAGACCUUCCCUUCACUCUGCCAGCUGGGAAAAUACACCACAAACUCCAGCUCGGACCACAGGAUUCAGCUAGACCUGGGCCUAUGGGACAAAUUCAGUGAGCUUUCCACCAAGUGCAUCAUUAAAAUUGUGGAGUUUGCCAAACGCCUCCCAGGCUUCACCACCCUCACCAUCGCAGAUCAGAUCACCCUUCUCAAAUCUGCCUGCUUGGACAUUCUAAUGCUGCGAAUCUGUACACGAUACACACCGGAGCAGGACACAAUGACCUUUUCGGAUGGACUAACCCUCAACCGGACUCAGAUGCAUAAUGCAGGUUUCGGACCGCUCACUGACCUGGUGUUUGCCUUCGCUGGUCAGCUUCUGCCUCUUGAGAUGGAUGAUACGGAGACUGGCCUCCUUAGUGCCAUCUGCCUCAUAUGUGGAGACCGAAUGGAUCUUGAGGAGCCAGAGCGUGUCGAUCGUCUGCAGGAGCCCUUGUUGGAAGCUCUGAAGAUUUAUGCACGACGCCGCCGACCCAACAAACCUCACAUGUUCCCUCGCAUGCUGAUGAAGAUCACUGAUCUACGUGGGAUCAGCACCAAGGGAGCGGAGAGGGCCAUAACUCUGAAGAUGGAGAUCCCGGGCCCCAUGCCUCCUCUCAUCCGAGAGAUGCUGGAAAACCCAGAAGCCUUCGAGGAUCAGAGCGAGUCCACAGAGAAGAAGCCGGAGCCCGAACCGCCAGCUCCUCCUCCACCCGCCCUGCUCACGAUGAAGAAAGAGCAAGAAGAUGAAGACGACAGCUGGGCCACAGAGAACGGCAGCGAGCCUUCACCAGAAGAGGAGGAUGACGAUGAUGAGGACGGAGAGGAGGAGAGGGGUACAGACAGCGAUGGAGAGGCCUGGGGGGGACAGGAACCCAACGCGGAUGUGUCUAGAAAGAGCCACGGAGGAAGAGCUCAGUGAGCGAGCUUCUUCUUCCAGGGCAAACGCAGAGCCUUACCUGUACAGACAGACAGUGCUAACUCAGGCCACUCGGUCAACGAUGAGAGACAUCAGUGAGGAAACUCACGUAAAAAAAAAACCUCUUCUCAGGACCUCUCCCGCAGAAAGAGAGGGAAGGCGAAAGACAAAACAACUGGCUUUUCAGACUAAAUAACUGCCGCUUUUAUAAAACGUGUUUGUUUGCUUUGAAAAGGAGAAGCCAAAUGGACUUUUAACAGUGUACUUUCAACGGGUUCAAACAAAAAAAACAAACAAAAAAAAAAAAA